UUAAUAUCACCCUCUUUGCAUUUAGGCUAUCCAAUCUAGUCAAACGCCUGUGUCUUUUGGUUUAGCCUUCUACUUCUAUAGAUCAUCUUGAGCUGUUUUUUCGUAUCACUGGAAUAGGUUUUACCGAAUGCACAAAGGGAGUCUUGGCAGUUGAGUAGAAAUGGUGGGCACUGCUCCAAGAGCCAGAAAAAGGGUGGGUGCCAAACCUGUCUCACUCAAACGAGGAGAGAAUGGCAGUGGCUUUACAAAUUGUAAAAAAUGUAGGAAGGCUGUCCCUGUUGGGGCUCUAGAUGUGCAUGAUUGCAAGCUGGAUGUCAAGAUAAAAUUGGCUUUGGAAUGCCACCAUCACCCAAAUAGAUCUACCGAUAAGGACCUAUCUCAAUUGAGAAGAAAAAAACGAAAAAACAAGGAAGCAGAAGAUGCCAAGACUUCAAGGAUGACCAAAAAGCCGAGGGCCCCACAGGCGCCGAAGAACCCUCAGACAGCAUUUUCUAUUUUCAUGAGCAACUUCAGAACAAAAUUUAAGGAGGGUAAUGCCGAUUUGAAAGAGGUAAAUAAACAAGGGACUGAGAAAUGGAAGUCAAUGACAGAAGAGGAUAAACAACCUUACAAUGAGAGGGCUGAUGAACUAAGAAUGGAAUAUGAGCGUGCCCUGGCUAAGUAUCAUAAAGAACUCCGCCAGUUUAACGAAGAGGGUGACUCGGCGGAAGUUGGCAUUAUUGAUAUGGCUUAUUACGAAUCGCCAUAUGAGGACGAGUAUUCUUACGAUGGGCCAGAUAGUGAUGAGGAUUAGUCAUCUAAGGGUGACUUGCACUAUUAGCUUGCACAAUACUUUUUUGCUGUGUAUAAUUUUUGUUCAUUCAUGCGGGGUUAUUUUUUCACAAUCCAGUGUGGCUAAACGAUGCUUCUUUUUGUAUAUGAAUCGAUUGAUACAAUGACACCACUGUUCUUAUUCAUAAAUGAUUAUUGUAUAUUCGACAAAACAAGAAAUGAUCGAGAGUGUAAGUAGAUAAACACCAGCAGAUGCUUGAUUUCUGCCAGAUAUGUAUGUAUCAAUUUUGGGGGCCCUGAGCUGGUGAAAGGAUUGCAAUUUGGAUGGCAUUUUGGUAUUCCUGACAUGGAAAUAUUUGGAGUAAGACUGUAGAGGCAUGCUCAUGCACUUCGAACUCAAUCAGAUAAUGUCUAACUGAUCAUAAACAAUGUAAGUGUGGGAAUUUUAUAUUACUUGCGGUUGAUAUUGUG